UGAUGCUCUUGCUCUCUCUCUCGUUCUAUCCCUCUUGCUGCCCAAGCAGAUCGACUUGCAAGCUUCGAUUGUCUCGAGACGCAUACUUGCUUAGCAGACCGGCAGAUAUUCUCUUGGUACAGCGGCCAUAGCUAGAUGAGUAGGUGCACUGUAGUUUAAUUUGGCGGAUAUAGGUCCUAAGGUGUAUAUAUGCCGAUGGGUGUGCCCUAAUGGUAGAUGGCUGACCUGCCCGAGGAACCGUCGACUGCGUCCUCGACAGCUCCUCCUCCUCAAGUGCAAACUGCUGGCCUGCCGGCCGAGCCUUCUCCCGGUCCUGCAUCGCCUCAUUCACCGUCGACGGAGCAAGGGGAGAAGACGACGGGGGUAGCCACGGCGUCGGCGACGGCGAGCUCGGGCGAGCCAUCGCCACGGUCCUCGGGGAAGCAUGCCUUCUACCGGGGCAUCCGGUGCAGGAGCGGCAAAUGGGUCUCGGAGAUCCGCGAGCCGCGCAAGGCCCGCCGCAUAUGGCUAGGGACGUACCCGACGGCCGAGAUGGCCGCGGCGGCCUACGACGUGGCCGCGCGCGCGCUCCGCGGGGCCGACGCGGUGCUGAAUUUCCCCGGCGCCACCGCCUCCCGCCCGGUCCCGGCGUCCGCGUCCCCCGCGGACAUACGCGCCGCGGCGGCCGCAGCAGCCGCGGCCGCCGCGCACCUUGAGCAGCCGCACGGCGGAGAGGCUCAUCGUACCGGCACUGCCGAUCCUGCCGCCUCCGCCACAGUGGAGCAGCAGCAACAACAACAUCAACGGUACGGCACGAGCAGUCCGACCACCGACGACGCCGCGGCCCACCCGCCGCCAAUGGAAGGAGGAGUUGGCAAUGACGAUUUCAUGGACGAAGAGGCCAUCUUCGAGCUGCCGCAGCUGCUGCGCAACAUGGCGGCGGGCAUGAUGAUGAGCCCGCCGAGGCUGAGCCCCACCACCUCCGACGUGUCGCCGGAGCCGUCGGAGGCAGGCGAGAGCCUGUGGAGCUACCGUGAUCCCUAGCAACUCGCACGCAGAGACUGCCAUCCAUCGAUCGCGCGCCAUGUCUUGGUGAGCUGGGCGGUAAUUAAUAAAAUCUAAGUACGUACUACUAUAGCAUCUAGCUAGCUAGCGACCCGAAUUAAUCAUGCAUGGCAAGAUAAGGAGAGAGAAGUAGGGUACACUCAACACACAUCCAUAUGGACCCAGAGGCCGGCCGGUGCGCCGCAGCGUCCUCUAUCUGGUAAUAUAUAUAUAUGUAUAUAUGCCAUAAGGAGCGUUGUUAAUACUCAUAUAUAUGCCACCCAGUACCCACUUCGAUUUUUUGUGUCCUAGCUAGCUAGCUAAUUAAUUACCUUUUCCAAUUUACCUUUUCUUUGUUACUUUUGGCAGUUCUUUUUUCGUUUUAAUUGUGAUUCCGUGUGACUAAGCCAAGUCGUCCACUUGCUGAUUCACUUGGAUUAUUGCUCGUUUUAGUAUAAGAGCAUGCAAGCACGUGGUUUUUUUCUAAGUGCCAAGUGAAUCUCUCAUGUCAGUGAGACUUGGUGCUGGCUAUAUAUGUACAUGGGUGUGCCAUCACUGUAACUGUAGACCAGGAAAAAUAUUAUGUGGUGGACAAGCAAAGAGGUGCAGACAUGCAUGCAUGGUUACACUUUAGCCUUUUCUAGAUGUUGUCACCUUUUGUAGUAGUUUAUAUACAGGAACAGGUUGGGGAAGUUGGCCGUUGAAAAGAUCCUGAGCAAGCAGUUUGGUGGGCAUUCUUUUAAGUUAUAUAUAUACAACUCCAUCUGCUCGCAACCAGUGUCAUUGUUUCAAACAAUAGAUUUGCCACUCCUCAAUAAUAAU